UUGCAGCCGGUCCCCGCCGGCAGGCCUUCGCUCGUGCUAACGUGGGAGGGCAGCCGGGCGGUCAGGUGGGCUUGCAGACCGGACUCCGCUGAGCGUUCGGCCGCGUCUGGUCUCGAGCGCUGCCUGGCUUCCUCUCUCCUGUUUUUCCCGGUUGGGAAAAGAAGGGGAACCGGGGAAGACGGCGUCCCGGGAGUGUGGUCGCAGGGAAGGACUUUUCUUGUUGUUAGCGGUGCGGGAACGCGGGGAGGAGAGCCGUGCUGGGUCGCCGGAGCCCCGCGUGCCCGAGGGGAGGCUCUGCACGUCCGAGAGAGGGACCGGUGCGCCGGGCGGCAGCGGGCUGGCGACACGCCUGCCUUGGUUUCCAGACCUUUCCUGUGCUGUUUGGGUGCUAGGAGGGAGGGGUCAGCACUUACACAUAGAAAACGUCCCUGGUGCACGUCCGAGCGCUGCUGCAUGCUGCCGUGCUGGGUAUCGUGCUGUCUGUGCUGGGCGAGGAAAAGGGCUGAGAUAGAGUUGGGAGCGCAGUUGUGGUCCGAUAAGUGGCGGGGCGGAUGGGAAGUGUCUCUUUUUGGCUGUAUCACUUUCCCCGUUCUCCUUAAAGAUGAGAACCAACGUGAAUACUGUAACAAAAUUAGGCGGGUCUCAUAAGGAACUGGGGGUUCAGCUGAGAAGGUGUCAGAGGAUAAUUGGUUUCCUCACAAGUUGUUGAAUUUGGGACCUUUCUUGCCCUGAGUCUGGGGGUUUUGGGAGUCGUUUUUGUGUGUAGAGUGACUAGUGGAGAGGCCGGCGAAGACUUGGCUGGGGGUGAGGUCUUGGAUGGAGCGCUGAGGAGGGUCAUCUCCAUCAGGAGGGAUCUGAGUGUGUCUGUAUUUGUGCAACUAAGAUUGACUAACUUUUUGGGCCUUUGAGGUUUCAAAAUAAAGCUUGAAAAUUGACUCUUUUUCCUUUUAUUUGUUUUUGUUUUGCUACUGGCUUCUGACCUGCUAGGAAGAGACCUGGAAACUUAACUUUCUGGCAGAGCGCAGCGGGGCGUGCGGGUGCUGAGCAGGGGUUCCGGAAGGCGUCGCGCACCUGAGCCCCCAGCAUGGCGGGCCCGAAGCGCCGGGCGAGCCAGGCGUGGCCGGAAGAGCGGGGCGAGCAGGAGCACGGGCUGUACAGCCUGCACCGCAUGUUCGACAUCGUGGGCACCCACCUGACGCACCGAGACGUGCGCGUUCUGUCCUUCCUCUUCGUGGACGUCAUCGACGACCACGAGCGGGGCCUCAUCCGAAACGGGCGUGACUUCCUACUGGCGCUGGAGCGCCAGGGCCGCUGCGACGAGAGCAACUUCCGCCAGGUGCUGCAGCUGCUGCGCAUCAUCACUCGCCACGACCUGCUGCCCUACGUCACCCUCAAGAGGCGGCGGGCCGUCUGCCCCGACCUUGUAGACAAGUAUCUGGAGGAGACAUCGAUUCGCUAUGUGACCCCCAGAGCCCUCAGCGAUCCAGAGCCAAGGCCUCCCCAAUCCCCUAAAACAGUGCCUCCCCACUACCCUGUGGUGUGCUGCCCCACUUCGGGCCCUCAGAUGUGUAGCAAGAGGCCAGCUCGAGGGAGAGCCACACUUGGGAGCCAGCGGAAACGCCGGAAGUCAGUGACCCCGGACCCCAAGGAGAAGCAGACAUGUGACAUCAGGCUGCGGGUCCGGGCCGAGUACUGCCAGCACGAGACCGCUCUGCAGGGCAACGUCUUCUCCAACAAGCAGGACCCGCUCGAGCGCCAGUUCGAGCGCUUCAACCAGGCCAACACCAUCCUCAAGUCCCGGGACCUGGGCUCCAUCAUCUGUGACAUCAAGUUCUCCGAGCUCACCUACCUCGACGCCUUCUGGCGCGACUACAUCAACGGCUCGUUGCUGGAGGCGCUGAAGGGCGUCUUCAUCACAGACUCCCUCAAGCAGGCGGUGGGCCACGAAGCCAUCAAGCUGCUGGUGAACGUGGACGAGGAGGACUACGAGCUGGGCCGACAGAAACUCCUGAGGAACUUGAUGCUGCAGGCCUUGCCCUGACCUUCCCCUCCCAGGGCUCCUCCUGGCACUCACCUCGGGAGCACACAGACUGUCUGGGUUUGUUCUCGCCCCUUCCAACCAACCAAUCACACCCCUGCCUUUUUUUUUUUUUAAGGAAAAGACAAAGGAAAAUGGAAGUGGUGUCCCCCACCCCUCCCUGCACCCAUGUGCCUGGGCUUCCCGUGUCCCUUCCCACUCAGCCCGAUGAGUCUGCAGCCACCUCGCCCCGGCCCCGAGACAGGUGUGCAGGGAGGAGCCAAGUCCGUAGGACAGUGUGUGCAAGGGGCCGGAGCGAAGGCUGCGUCCGGUGCCCUGAGGGGCUCUCACAUGUCCGUCUGACUCGCUAAAGGGCUGUGAGUAAGGAAGCUGUGUUGUGUGGAAGGUGAGACCGAAGUGUCUUUUGGAAAUUAAUCACCAUCCUCUCCCAAAUUAUAGAGUUUUUUUAAAAAGAA